GUAAACUGUAAGGUUGUACUUCUAGCAUUUGCGUUCACUCGGGGCUCAUUUUCAAUAUCAGUAAAGCCGAGUGUCCUGUGGAGUGCAGACAGUGGAAACUACAAAAUGUGAAACACAAACAGAGUUGCUGACAAAAGAAAUGGCACUGCAGGCAGCAAAUAUUACCAACAAUGUUUCAACUACCAAGAAGCAGAGUGGGAAACGCUCGCCUGAAAAAUGUAAUAACGAAAACCCACCUAAGAGAAGGAGGCAUAUUUUAGCCCCUUAUUCCAAAGUAUCGCCUGCACUCACCCCGGGCCCGGGCUCUACAUACAUGGUAAUGAAGACUCCCGUAUCGAAUCGAAUGAACACCGGUCAUUUCUCAGCUUGGGGUGCAGAAGACGAUCAAAUCUUGUACUACAUGCAGAAGACUGGCGACAACCAAUCAGUUGCUUCUGUAAUUGUUUCAACACCUUGGCAAAAAGCAUCCGAGUCAUCGCAAAGCCACCUGAAUUCCAGAAACAACUGUGCUGAGGAUAGAAAGAAAAAUACCAUCUCCACAUUUAAGGUGACCCACGCCAAGAAAACUCAUACAUCCUGUGCAAGAAGGGCAAUGCAAAAUUCAAAGAAGAACCAAAGAACCAUGUAUUGUUCUAACUUUAGCAAAAGACUCAUUAACAUGCCUGAAGCCCGUUUCCCCAGAGGCUCUGAUGACCAUGAUGAGAAGAACGCUGGCAAUUCAUCAGACACGUGGACUUGUGACGCAUGUUUGAUGCCAAACAAAAACCCAGCGGUGAAAUGUCGAGGCUGCGAGUCACUUAAGUAUGGAGUUGGGCUGGAAAGACAAUGGAUACCAGCAGUAGACAUGAACAUUGACACAAGCUGCAACGAGAUUCAGACAACCGAAUUAAGUGCUGAUACGUACAUGGUGGAGCACAGUUCAGCAGCGGCCCCUCAGACCCCUGAUGGAGCAGAGCAGUCGCCACCCUGUGCACUUUCCUCCGAUUCUCUCAUGGCUGAUGAUGUUUCCCCUCACUCACAAAUGGUCACUUCCGACAACUGCGUUAAUGCAGAAGAGAAAAAGUCACUGGACUUCGUUCCGCUCCACACAGAGUGCACAACGUUCCUCCCACCUGCUCAAGGAAGUCCUGCUGCUUGGUUGCCACUUGGGUUCACUGGAACUGAGAAUUUUGAACAAUUGCCUGAAGCUGCAUCAUCUCCUCCAGGGCCAACACAGCACAAGGUCCCACCAGGAAGCAGGGAACAAAACAAAGAUGAUCCCAAAGCAAAUGGACCCUUCAGUUUCGAGGCCUCAAUGACCUGCAUAUCUUUCCCGUACGUUUUUGGACCCCCUCCGAUCUACACCAUGUGCAGCUCUGCAGGACCACUCACACUUGACGUCCCUGCUGUAACUGGGUCCAACAUGACCACCGUGAUAGCUCCCAGCCUUCCAUUUCAAAUCCCAUCGAUACUUCUUGGGAGCUCCAACGAAAUGAUCAACUACAAUCCUGACUAUGGAAUGUUUGCCUCCUCUGGCACCUUCGGACAGACAGGCCCAGCGCUGUUUAACACUGGAGGGACUAAUCCUGGAAUCGCUGGGAAUCCUUCCCCGUUUCUAUCUGCUGGUAUGAAUUAUGCAGUAAAACUUUAG